AUGACACCACUCUCACAUGUGCCAAUUCUCUUCUCAGGUGUGAAAGGAGUCAGAGUGCAGAGAAACCCUCUGAAUAUACUCAACGUGGUAAAGCCUUUGCUUUACAUGAUCACAGUCAUGCCCAAAGGCAUGAAAGGAUUCAUACAGAAAAGAUCCCCUCUGAAGUUAUUCACUGUGUCGAAGACUUUUUACCUUACACAAGUCUCCAAGUACAUAGAAGAACACAAACUGGACAGAAACCCUAUGAAUGUAAUCUAUGUGGUAAAGGAUUUGCAACGCCCAGUCAUCUUAAAAGGCAUGAAAGAAUUCAUACUGGAGAGAAACCAUACAAAUGUAAUCAAUGUGGUAAAGUCUUUUCACAGAAACAUAGUCUCCAAGCACAUAUAAGAAUACAUACUGGAGAAAAACCCUACAAAUGUAAUCAAUUUGAUAAAGCCUUUUCUGAGAAACGUAGUCUCCAAACACAUAUCAGGAUACAUACUGGAGAAAAACCCUACAAAUGUAAUCAAUAGGAGAAAGCCUUUUCCCAAUACAAUCAUCUCCACAUUCAUAGAAGAACACAUACUGGAGAGAAACCCUACAAAUGUAAUCAAUGUGAUAAAGCCUUUUCCCAAUUUAGUCAUCACCAAAUUCAUAGAAGAACACAUACUGGAGAGAAACCCUACAAAUGUAAUCAGUGUGAUAAAGCCUUUUCUGAGAAAUGUAGUCUCCAAACACAUAUAAGAAUACAUACUGGAGAAAAACCCUACAAAUGUAAUCAAUGUGAUAAAGCCUUUUCCCAAUUUGGUCAUCUCCAAAUUCAUAGAAGAACACAUACUGGAGAGAAACCCUUCAAAUGUAUUGAAUGUGAUAAACCGUUUUCAAAAU